GCAGUAUCAUACUUUGUAAAUACGGCUGGUUUAAGCUGUGUCCAACCAGAUCCAAGUUAGAAUUUAGAAUUAGGUUUAUUGUCACGUGUACUCAAGUUACGAAAGAACAGGAGUGCAGUGAAAAGUGCACAAUGUUACCAACACAUGACGCCAUCUUGGGUACAAAGUACCUCAGUACGAAAUAUAGAGAAAAGACAGAAAGAGAAACGGUUACGCUACAUUGCAGAUAUACAGAGUAUAAGUAUAUGUUUGCAAAAUGAGAAAUAAAGUUAAAACGAUAGACGUUAGGGACUUCCUCAUAGCCUGACUGGAUGCCACCGGUUCUAAUCAGUAGCCAUCUUCAUUCCUGGCCAUGGCACCUGCUCCACACCAGGCUGCUGGUCACCAUUCCCACUCUGGAAAAAGACAGAAGAGGAAAAAUAAAAUGAGAGAGAGAAAGAAAAGAAAAAAGAAAAGGGACGGAGGGGGUGGAUGAGCUCCGGCUGAAGCAUCCUACUCCGCUGCCAUCUUGGAUUCGAGACUUAAACGAGAACCGAUGUGCAUCAAACACAACGAGAAUUGUGAAUAAAGUUUCUAUCAUUGAGCGUCCAAUGAGGUUCUAAAGGUAAAGUGCCCUCUACUGCCAUCUCAGAACCAGGUUCGAGUUACAUGAACUGCACAGUGAACUCACGAUCUCUGCCACUCAGAGGCAAGGCUGCGACUCCAGCAGCUGAUACUGUGAAGAGUGGUCACUUGGGAUGAGAUACUGGGCUGGGGAAGGGUUAACACAUGAGAAACCAUGUGCCAGUUCAGAAUAUCACAGCAGUGGGCAAAGCUGUGGCAGCUGAUGUGUUUUAGACUCGAAGAUUCUGCCAUAGUGUUGUGGAACAUUUUACUGAGCAGAAACGGACUUUAUCAAACGUGAAUAUUGGUGAAGGUUGGUGUUUGUAUUGACAUUUCCACCUCUGCUGUGGGUUCAUAUGUAGCACAGAAGAGCGCCAGACACAACCAGUGUCUCGACUUUGCUACCUACUCACUUCAAAACAGCGUGGCUACAUCUUUUUUAAAUUAACCCCAUACACUGCAAACCAGAGCAUCGUCAAAGGAUGAAAGGAUUUGGACUUCAACUGUUUAUUGCCCUCACCACCUUGUUAUGGACGUCAGGAUUAGGGUGCCACAUUGGAGACGAAGAUUUGCGGUGUACAGUUGAUUACCUCAAGACAAUGUCUUGCUGUUGGUCAGACAAGGUUUCCAAAAAUGCCCGUUGUACUUUGUGGGUUGAUGACCCAGACCAUGAUGAGGAGGACGAAGAUGAGCCUGAAUUUCCAAAGACCUGCACCCCAAAGAGUGAACCGGGCUCAUCGGAGAUGCAAGGCAGAAGCUGCAAUCUCACUUUCCUGUUUUUCGCUGCUGGACAGACCUUUAACAUGACUCUGCUCUGCCCAGGCCCUGAGUCUCAGGCUGCAGUAGCUUGGAUUCCAAAUUUCAAACCAUUGCACAACAUUAAACUGAAACCACCAUACAACUUAACGGUCACCAAUAAUUCCCAAGACCAGACCGAUUUCAGCUGGAUGAUAUACUACGAGAUGGAAUUCGGUGAUAAACUGCAAAUUGAAAUGAGAUACAAAACUGAAGAUGAACAGUGGACAAAUGCCAGGAGGCUUCGCAGUAUAAAACUCAAACAACAGGCAAUGAUUGACGGGUCUAACCUGAAACCCAACCGUCUCUACAUGGCGCAAAUCCGCAAUAAAAUAGUGGAUGACAAUCCAGAUGGCUACAGGAGCACCUGGAGCGAAUGGAGUCAAGAGGUCAAGUGGAAAUCGGCAGUAGCCGAAGACCCGGACGGUAUCUUCGGAGUGACCCAGGUCAGUUCUCUGCUAAUCGUUGGAAUCCUGAUUGUGUUCGCCAUUUUGGUCAUCUUGACCUUUACUCAACUGACCAUAAGAAGGUACAAUGUGAAGAAACUCCAUUGGCUGUCGAUACCAGAUCCUGGCAAGUUCUUUUACGAGCUGAAUGCAACAUACGGAGGCAAUUUUCAGAAGUGGCUUGGGUCGACGAUGCCCGCUUCAUUCAACAGCACCGAGGACCUGGGAACGGAAAUCUCCUCUAUUGAGGUUUCAGACAUAAAAGAUUCGGAAUCCUUCAUCAAGCAGGAUUACGUCUCGGACAGCAGUGGAUUCAAGAGUAUCGGAAAUUCAUCUCUGUCCAGCUUUGCAAACCAAGGCUACUUCUGGUUUAGAUAUCCCAGUACUUAUGAAGUGGAUUCUUGUAAAGUCUACUUCAGCUAUGACCGCAGCAGCCUUCGAUCGGGGAGUGAGGGGAGUGGGUCAUAUCUCCAGAAGAAAGGGUCUUCUCUGACCUUGUCCAAUGAUUCUCUGUAUGAUAGCAGCCAGCAGUAUUCACCCUGCAGUGUCUUUAUAACAGAUCCAGAUCAGGAAUAUGUCUCACCUCAAGUUAAAGCCGGCCAAAGGACCUUGACUGAUGAAGAAAUGGAUGGUUCACCAAGAGGACCUGAGGGCCCUGGCAUUGUAACAUCCUCAGGCGAGUUGGGCUACCUUGGACAAUUGCUAAGAGAUGACUGUCCACCCAGAGGGAGCCAAGAGGGUCUCAAUCCAUUCAGCCAAAUGCACCUCUUUGAAAAUUUGCAUUACCCCUUUGUUUCUGUGGAGGAUGUAGCACUUACAGCGAAAGAGGAAAGUAUCAGCAAAUGUGGUUGUGAUGGCUUUACGUUUAACGAGAAUCAAAUGGAAUCUCCACCAAUCAACACUGAAAAUACACCGAGUGCACAGUGUCCUCAAGAUGGGUUGAGACAAGAAAGCACCAGUAUUUUUAAGAGCACAUCUCUAAAUCUGGGACAGUCUAGUGAUGUAUAUCUUUCGCUUAAGGAAGUUCAAAGUAAAUACAGUAACCAGUCAAUUUAGGAUAGAUUUCAAUAAGGAUUUGAAAGCUUAAAUAUUUGGACUAUUGUGCCUGGAUGUGCUUUUAGCAUGAUCCUCAUUCCAAUAGAUAACUAAACAUCUAUUUUUCUUCAUUGUUGUGUCCUUGGGAAUCAUUUAUGUCCAUCACAAAGAUUGGCCAUAAUAUCUCAUGCAGGACUGCAACAAUCCCCAGGAUUGACGAGACUGCGUCAGUGUGGGAUUUGAACUCAGCACCUUCUGAUCAAAAUGCUGAGCCAGAGCUGCCGCGAAGCCGGUGUCGCUGGGCGAUUUGGAUUUUUUGAAAGGCCAGACUUUGUUCAUAUUUAGCUGAUGACUCACUCAACAGCAGCCCACCACAGCUCUUUCAGACUAGGUGAAAGUGAGGGCUGCUGAUGCUGGAGAUCAGUGUCCAAAAGGUGUGGUGCUGGAAAA